AUGGUGUCAAGCGCAGCUUAUGCGCGGCCAAUCUCCAAGAUUGCAAAGCCGGUCCUACUGCCCGCCUCGAUUGCUGCGAUCGCAUACGCUGCCUACAAUGGACGGAUUAAUGGUGUCGUUGACCUUGCCAAGCGGUUCGCUACGGGCCCUGGAAGCAAGAGCAGAAUCUUUGCCCUGCUCAUGGUUUUGGUGAAUUGGAAGAGUCUGCCUUUGGCAUGGACUGUCCGCAUCUUCAACACCAUGAUUUCUCACAUCUUCAUCCGCCCACUCCACGAGCACGGCCCGGAAGUCCUCUUCCACCCCGUAAUAACCGAGACGCACGUGACGCUGCUCGAAGUCGACUACAACAUUCACAAGUCCAACAGCACGUACUUUGCCGACCUGGACGUGUCGCGCUCACACCUGGCCUCGCAUCUGUUUGCGCGCGGCAUCCGGCUGCUGGGCAAUAACGCCGAGAGCAAGCUGGUCAUGGACCCGUCGGAUCCCACGCGGCCAGCCCGGGGCCGCUUUGGCGUCAGUCUCGGCGCCGUGCACUGCAGCUUCAAGAAGGAGCUCAAGCCGUACCAAAAGUAUGAGAUGUGGACGCGCGUGCUCAGCUGGGACCGCAAGUGGCUGUACCUCGUCACCCACUUUGUCGAGGCCGGUGCCGUCAAACCAAAGUCUUGGGACGCUUCGAACUUUGGCCUCACGCGCAGCGAGGACGGCAAGCCCGAGGAGUGGCAAAAGAAGAUUCACGCCACAGCCGUGUCAAAGUACGUCUGGAAGAUGGGCCGCCUGACGGUGCACCCGGCGGUCGUGAUCGAGUCCAGCGGGUUGCUGCCCGCGCGGCCCGAGGGCUGGGUUAGCACGGAGAGCGGGAUGGUCACGCCCAACGAACCCGUCACCGGCAACACGAGCGAGGAGGCCAAGGAGCAUGAUGCCGAGACCGGGUGGGACUGGAGGAGAAUUGAGACCGAGAGACUCAAGGGCCUUGAGUUUGCCAACCACUUUGCCGCUUUGGAUGGCCUGGCUGGCCAGUUUGACGGCGGAGAAAAUGGUGCGCUGGGCAAGUUCAGCCUUGGUUGA